AUGCAGAAACUUACAGUAACCCUUUUGCUGCUUUAUGUCACUCUCUUCAUCUUUCGUAUGUGAUGGCCCAUGUGCCCUAUUAAUCUAUUGACUACAUUCUUCAUUGCUGAUUGCUCUAAGAAACAAACCUAUCAUCUCUUUCAGAUUCAACAAAAACCAUCUAUACCAUGCUUAGACUUUCCUCAUAGGACAGCCCCACAUUUUCCAUCCCGGCCACCAGCCUCAUUCAAAACCCUCUUCCUUAGUUUCAACAACUGUGUGGAUCCAAAUGCUUUGAAGCUUGCACCUGACAUGGCAGCUCCUCUGAUAUUGUUCUGUGCUCUUCUGCUGCUCUCAAUAACAGCUUCAUCUCAGGUCAGUGAGCUCUUCUUCCCUGGUUUUAAACAUGUGGGCACCAACCUCACCUUGGAUGGAAUAGCAGAGUUUGAAGAUGAUCUUGGCAUUCUCAAAUUGACCAAUGACACCAGUAGACUAAUGGGGAGUGCCUUUUACGCUUCACCAAUUCGGUUCAAGAACUCCACAAAUGGCAAGGCCUUCUCUUUUUCCACUUCAUUUGCUUUCACCAUAGUUCCAGAGUAUCCAAAGCUCGGUGGCCACGGCUUUGCUUUCACAAUAGCACCAUCUAAGGAUCUCAACUCUCUGCCUAGCCAAUAUCUAGGUCUCUUCAAUCGCAGUGAUAUUGGCAACACAACCACACACAUCUUUGCAAUCGAAUUCGACACAGUUCAAGACUUUGAAUUUGGAGACAUUAACGACAACCAUGUUGGGAUCGACCUCAACAGCUUGAAAUCCAACGCCUCAGCUGAUGCUGGUUAUUACACAGAUGCUACAACCAAACAGAAAUUCAAUCUCAAGUGUGGGAAAGCCAUCCAAGCUUGGGUAGACUACGAUUCAGUUCAAAAUGUAAUUAAUGUUACAGUUUCACCACUUUCUUCCAAACCCAAAAACCCACUUCUUUCUUUCCAUGUAGAUCUCUCACCGAUAUUCGAAGAGUUUAUGUAUAUUGGAUUCUCAGCUUCAACAGGUCUACUUGCUAGCUCCCACUACGUUCUCGGCUGGAGCUUCAAGAUCAACGGACAACCUCAACCUCUUCAUUUGGCCUCUCUCCCCCAUAUCCCUGUACCCAAGAAUCACCACACAGCUACAAAAAUCGGAGUCUCGAUCGCAGCCAUUGCUCUGGCUCUGUCUGCAAUUUCCAUAACCAUCUACGUCUACAUCAAGAAGCUCAAGAACGCCGAGCCAAUCGAGUCAUGGGAGCUCGAGCUCGGCCCACACAGAUACUCCUAUCAAGAACUGAAGAAAGCCACGAAAGGGUUCAGAGGGAAAGAGCUUCUGGGAGAAGGCGGGUUCGGGCAAGUGUUCAAAGGAACACUCCCCAACUCCAAAACCCUUGUCGCCGUCAAACGUAUCUCGAAUGAUUCCAAACAGGGGUUAAAGGAGUUCGUGGCGGAAAUCGCUAGCAUUGGUCGGCUCCGACAUAGGAACCUUGUUCAGUUACUAGGUUGGUGUCGAAGAAGAGGUGACCUAAUGCUGGUCUAUGACUACAUGGAAAAUGGGAGCUUGGAUGCUUAUUUAUUUGAUGAGCCGAGAAUGGUGUUGAGUUGGGAGCAGAGGUUUGGGAUCAUAAAGGGGAUUGCUUCGGCGCUUCAUUAUUUGCAUGAAGAAUUUGAGCAAGUUGUGAUUCACAGAGAUGUGAAGGCGAGCAAUGUGUUGCUGGAUAGUGAAAUGAAUGGGAGGCUUGGGGACUUUGGGUUGGCGAGGCUGCAUGAACACGGGUCGAACUCGAAUACGACUCGGGUCGUGGGCACGCUCGGGUAUUUGGCUCCGGAGUUGCCGAGAACCGGGAAGGCGAGUACGGGCUCGGAUGUGUACGCGUUUGGGGCGCUUUUGCUGGAGGUGGUCUGCGGGCGAAGGCCCAUUGAGCCCAACGCGAAGCCCGAGGAGUUGGUUUUGGUGGAUUGGGUUUGGAAUUUGUAUAGAGAUGGGAAGGUGCUUGAGGUGGUGGAUCCUAGGCUUGAUGGGAUUUACGAUGUGGAGGAGGUGGUGAUGGUGGUGAAGUUGGGUUUGAUGUGCUCGGCCCAUGGGCCGAGGGCGAGGCCCAAUAUGAGGCUUGUGGUGAGGUAUUUGGAUGGGGAGGUUGAGAUUCCGGAGGAGGUAAAACGGCCGAGUGGGGCUAAUGUUCUCAGAUUUGAUGACUUUGUGAGCUCGUUUGCGUCAUCUUCUUCGUUUGAUAAGGUGAGUUGCUACUCAAAUAGAGAAAUGGAUGCUAGCUUUUCUCUGUCUACAUCGCCGGUCUAUCUUCUUCACGGGCAAACUAGAUAGAAUUCAGAUUUUAUAUUUUGUAUAAUUUGUGUUUGUGUUUGUGAUUUCUUUUAUGAGUUUUGUUGAUGAAAUGAUCACAAGAAUGAAAAUUUACAUGCAAAUAUUUGAAACCAAGUUCCUAACUAAGGAACAUAAGUAUAAAUAGUUUCUUUAAA